GCGGAGUUGCAAAUGCUGAAUCCCGAGUGUGUGGGCAGCCACUGGAGCGCUUUUGUAUUGUCGCACAGAAGUGACCAUUUUCCAUCCAGUCAAUGGACAGAGGUGUGUUUAGCUCCACCCUCAACAAGCUUAACAAAAGCGUGACAUUAAGUGUUGGUUUUGGGAACCUUUUUAAUGGACUUUGUAUGAUUUACCAUAAGUGUCCUUGGAUCCCUUGAAAGGGGCUGUAUCAACCAAAAUAAUAGAUAUUUAAAAAAAAACAAGUUAAUAUUAUUCAUGGACAUGCUGUAUGUACUGAUUGGUGGAAACAGGUCUGCAGGAAGUGAAAAAAAUAAUAGCUUGUCUAAAAUUAAAUGAAAAAUUCCAGUAAGUGCAAAGAUUAUCUUUAAGUUACAUAAUCCUUGAGUGACUAAUAAAGAUGUGCUGGAUACAUGGAGCUUGUCUCUGAGUGGGAAAAAAAAGCUGUGUGGGAAAAGAGGGAAAAGAGGCGCGGCGCAGAACGCCGCCCUCAUUGUCUAUCCAGCAACAAUGUGGGACGGACUCCAGGACUGCACAACACAGGAAAAGACAACAGUAUGGGCUUUUAAGCUUCUCCUUCAUCUCUGUGGAAGCUAGACCAUAUGCACUGUCUGAUGGCAGAUGUCUUGGGCGCCUUCCUCACUUUGUGGCUCCUUACCUGGAUGCGUUAAGGAUGAUGGCACCAUGCUGAGAGGAAGGUUAGCUCUUAUGGGCAUGGUUUUAUGUGUCACCUGUCUGUUUGACGUGCAAGCCAAAGUCUUUAGCAGGGACGUCGUCAAACAGGUGGAGAUCCUCAUGGAGAAAGACCCGACUCUGUGUGUAGGCUGCAAGCUCUACACACCCACCUUCACAGACUACAAGCGCUGUCCCAUCACCACCCUCAAGUGUUUUUCUGCAGAGGUCAAAGUCCUCCUCAUGGAGUGGGAAGUCCAUCCCAAACCCCCACUGGAGCGGGGCCUCAAGUACCUCGCGGCGCAACUCCCCCUCCAGUCACUUUGGACCAGGAAGAUGUCUGACAGCGAGGACAGCGACUUCUCUGACAACCAGAGUGAGCGAAGCAGCGACGGUGAGGCCGAAGAGGUGGAGGAGGAGGAGGCGGCCAGUCCAGUGGGCAGUGACAAGGUAGCAGAGGAGGAGGGCGAGGACCUGGAUGAGGACGAGUAUGAUGAAGAGGAGGAGGAAGACGAUGAGGACCGUCCAAGGAAGAAGCCGCGACAUGGCGGGUUCAUUCUGGACGAAGCUGAUGUGGACGAUGAGUACGAGGACGAGGAAGAUCAGUGGGAGGUAGGAGCGGAGGACAUCCUGGAGAAGGAGGAGGCUGAAGCGUCCAACAUCGACCACGUGGUCCUGGAUGACGAUCAUUCUGGUUCCAGAAGGCUGCAGAACCUCUGGAGAGACUCACGAGAGGAGGCGCUGGGGGAAUACUACAUGAGGAAGUACGCCAAGUCCUCAGGAGGGGAGCGCUACUCUCGAGGGUCCGAGGAGCUCUCUGAUGACAUCACACAGCAGCAGCUACUUCCUGGAGUCAAGGAUCCUAAUCUGUGGACAGUCAAGUGUAAGAUUGGGGAGGAGAGGACAACAGCCAUCGCGCUGAUGAGGAAAUUUAUCGCCUAUCAGUUUACUGAUACACCGCUCCAGAUCAAGUCUGUGGUGGCCCCCGACCACGUGAAGGGCUACAUCUACGUGGAAUCCUACAAGCAGACGCAUGUCAAAGCGGCCAUCGAGGGCAUCGGAAACCUUCGCAUGGGCUUGUGGAACCAGCAGAUGGUUCCCAUCAAGGAAAUGACGGACGUCCUUAAAGUGGUCAAAGAGGUCACCAACCUGAAGCCCAAAUCCUGGGUCAGGCUCAAACGAGGCCUGUACAAAGACGACAUUGCACAGGUGGACUACGUCGAGCCGAGCCAGAACACCAUCUCCCUGAAGAUGAUCCCUCGCAUUGACCUGGACCGCAUCAAGGCCAAGAUGAGCUUGAAAGACUGGUUUGCUAAGAGAAAGAAGUUCAAGAGACCUGCUCAGAGGCUGUUUGAUGCUGAAAAGAUCAGGUCGCUUGGAGGGGAAGUCAGCCAUGACGGAGACUUCAUGAUCUUCGAGGGGAACCGUUACAGCCGCAAGGGAUUCCUGUUCAAGAGCUUUGCCAUGUCGGCUGUGAUAACAGACGGUGUGAAGCCCACUUUGUCAGAGCUGGAGAAGUUUGAAGACCAGCCAGAGGGAAUUGAUCUGGAGGUGGUCACAGAGUCAGGUAAGGAGCGUGAGCACAACUUGCAGGCCGGUGACAACGUGGAGGUGUGUGAGGGGGAGUUGAUCAACCUGCAGGGAAAGAUCCUGAGUGUGGACGGCAACAAGAUCACCAUCAUGCCCAAGCAUGAAGACCUGAAGGACCCCCUAGAGUUCCCAGCUCACGAGUUAAAGAAAUACUUCCGCAUGGGCGACCAUGUGAAGGUGAUUGCCGGGCGUUAUGAAGGUGACACAGGUCUCAUCGUACGAGUGGAGGAGAACUUCGUCAUCCUCUUCUCUGACCUCACCAUGCAUGAGCUGAAGGUGUUGCCCAGAGAUCUGCAGCUCUGCUCAGAAACGGCAUCUGGCGUUGACGCGGGGGGUCAGCACGAGUGGGGAGAGCUGGUGCAGCUGGACCCGCAGACGGUGGGAGUCAUUGUGCGGCUGGAGAGAGAGACGUUUCAGGUGUUGAACAUGCACGGGAAAGUGCUGACGGUGCGCCACCAGGCUGUCAACCGCAAGAAGGACAACCGCUUUGCUGUGGCACUGGACUCGGAGCAGAACAAUAUCCACGUAAAAGACAUCGUCAAGGUCAUUGACGGCCCACACUCGGGGCGUGAAGGUGAGAUUCGCCAUCUUUUCCGAGGAUUCGCUUUCCUGCAUUGUAAGAAGCUUGUGGAGAACGGAGGAAUGUUUGUAUGCAAGACCCGGCACCUCGUUUUGGCUGGUGGCUCCAAGCCCAGAGACGUGACCAACUUCACAGUGGCAGGAUUCGCUCCCAUGAGCCCUCGUAUCAGCAGCCCCAUGCACCAUGGCGGCGGCGGUGCACAGCAGCGAGGGGGAGGUGGAGGCGGUAUGGGGCGAGGCCGAGGUCGAAGAGACAACGAACUGAUCGGUCAGACAGUUCGCAUCUCUCAGGGUCCUUAUAAAGGUUACAUUGGUGUGGUGAAGGACGCCACAGAGUCGACAGCCAGAGUGGAGCUUCACUCCACCUGUCAGACCAUCUCAGUAGACAGACAGCGCUUAACCACCAUGGGCGCACAGAAACACACUGGAAUGACUUCCACCCAUGGGCGCACCCCCAUGUACGGCUCAGGCUCCAGGACGCCUAUGUGUGGCUCUCAGACGCCGCUGCAUGACGGAAGCCGCACACCUCACAGCGGCUCGCAGACGCCACUGCAUGAUGGGAGCAGAACGCCUGGCCAGAGCGGAGCGUGGGACCCUAACAAUCCCAACACACCCUCCAGGAACGAUGAGGAGUACGACUUUGGCUAUGAUGACGAACCCUCGCCCUCCCCUCAGGGCUACGGGGGGACCCCCAACCCGCAGACACCAGGUUACCCAGAAGUCCCCUCCCCACAGGUCAACAAUCAGUACAACCCUCAGACACCUGGCACACCUGCUAUGUACAACACAGAGCAAUAUUCCCCCUAUGCUGCCCCCUCCCCUCAAGGCUCCUACCAGCCUAGUCCUAGUCCUCAGAGUUACCACCAGGUUGCACCCUCACCUGUAGGCUAUCAGAACACACACUCUCCAGCCAGCUACCAUCCAACCCCUUCACCCAUGGCCUACCAGGCCAGUCCUAGUCCCAGUCCAGUCGGCUACAGCCCCAUGACCCCCGGAGCGCCCUCUCCUGGUGGCUACAACCCUCACACGCCAGGUUCCAACAUCGAGCAGGGUGGCAGUGACUGGGUGACCACCGACAUCGUGGUUCGAGUCAAGGACUCAUUUAUGGACCUGAUGGGACAGACAGGGGUCAUCAGGAGUGUCACAGGCGGGAUGUGCUCUGUGUUCAUGCAGGAGUCCGAGAAGGUCGUCAGUGUCAGCAGCGACCACCUGGAGCCGGUCACCCCCACCAAGAACGACAAAGUGAAAGUCAUUCUGGGAGAACACCGCGAGGCAACUGGGAUCUUGCUGAGCAUCGACGGCGACGACGGCAUCGUACGCAAAGUGCUUGACAAGCAGCUGAUGAUCCUCAACCUGAGGUUCCUGGGAUGUCUGGGUCACUGAGGCCCACACACACACACAGCCACAUCCUCCCUCUCACACAUCACAUGGAUUUGUGUGGCUCAUCAGAAUUUUACUGCCCAGAUAAAUGUUUAUGAAUCCUUCUGUUUUUUUAUGUUUGCAUCUUUUUGUUUGAUUCAAUUCUUGCCAGCUCAGUUGGCUUUUAGUUACCAUGGCUUCAAUAAACUGUCAUCAGGCCAACACAUAUUGUAUUUUUUUUUAAUCAGCUUGUAAAAGGGAACAAUAGGAAACGUCAUGUAUGUCACAUUUGUGUAAGUAUUAACUUGUACGAGGUUGCCGUGGUGUGGAAGCAGCUUCUGGCGCUGUGUUGUCAUUCGCAGGGUUGCAGCGGCCGCAGGUGGUCAAUGGGGAAGAAGUAGAAAGAGCCCUCAGAUGGGCAGGGGUGUCCUUUGGAGAUGGGUGUGGUCCCCAGGUUGUAGUCAUGGUGAGCACAGCCCACAGUCAUGUUGCGAGACAGACGAAUCUUCACCUGAAACCACACCUCCCGUUCCUGAAGGGGUCACAAAAGUUUUUUUUUCUUCUUCUUCUUUCAUGUGUCUCAUAUCUAAAACUGCAUCCCAAGAGCAACUAGUGUUUCCCAACCUUUAUAGCAUAUGUGACGGGAAAAAUCUCAUGUCACACCACCAAAUUAUGCGACAGCGCCGUUAGUAGGACAAGUGGCGGUUCUGGCUUGAAUGACGCCCUGGGCGGGCUGAAGCUGUGCCACCCCCGACCCCCUGACAGAAAUUCCCACUACUCGUUUUUCUUUAGACAUUUUUUGUAAUUACAAAAUAUAUGUAUUAAGUUAGAAAUUGCCACAAAAGCCUAAAAUAUAUUAAUCAGCAAAAAAUAGUAACCAUACAAACAGAAUGGAAAAUUAUUUUUUUCCAGUGCACAAAUCCUUCAAGUUCAAGCCUUCACAGCCCCCCUUCCCUCCACCUCAACACACACUCCAACAACUGUUAACAUGUUUUUUUCCCAGCUACAGACAGGUGCUCCAAAAUAUUUCACAAGUUCCCCUUAAAUUGCAGAUCCACAUCACGUGGUGGAAUGUUUGCUCACUUUUGAGUAGCGAGUUGCUACUAGUUGGGGGCUCGAGUAUCACGCCUGUAGAGGGCGCCCAUCUGCCACACAUACGCUGACUUGAUGAGGAUAUGAUGAGCGCUGAACAUUAGGAUUUUUUGUUCUUUCCCCCCUCGCGUCGCCUCCAGAGAAUACCGCUCUGGGCAAUUUCCCAUGUGGCCCAUAGCUAGAACCGCCACUGACUAGGACAGCCCUUCUGACAGCGUAUUGAUGCAUUUAUAGCUCUGCGGUCCUCAGGUGGCGAGCGUUUGACGUGCAAUUCUCCGUUAAAACGAUAGGGGGUAUGACUGGGUAGCUUCCGGUGUCAUAGUAAACAAUGGCGACUGGCAACAUCCACGUAAAACUAACGUAUUGUAACGACGAGUUAUUGUUGUAAAACUGAUGACCUCGCUAUGAAUGUUAUUUCUUAACUGAGGGCGUGCGCUGACUGUGUUUGAACUACUGCUGGCGUGAAGGUUGGCAAUAAAACCAACUCUGAAUCAGUUCGCUCAGCUGCUCAACUUGCUGCGGUUUUUUUUGUUAUAACGAACCCUUCCGGAAGAGUGGAAAACCGGAAAUGAUGUAGCAAGGACGGCUAACCAACAGAGGGUUUGGAAGGGGGCGUCCAGCCUUUAGAUUUGAUUUACCUGGUCGUCUGUGACACACUGGAUCUCACACUUGUCGCCAAUUAGAGGAACCAGAACGUUCAACACCUCAGACAGCUGUCAGUGCACAAACACACCCACACACACUUGAGCGUCCUUCACAGAAUACUGAGCUGAUUUUGGUGUCACGUUCGGAAGUUGUUACCUUAUAGGGUCGUUCACAGGACGGCCUGAUCCCACCAUCCUCCAGUACUCUGCAACACGCACGUGCACCUUUUAAUAAAACAUGUCCACAGGUUGUCAUGGUUGUGUGUGUGUGUGUGUUAACUUUUGCAGGUCGAAGUGUUGCCGCAGUUUCAGGCAUGUCUGGAAGUAUUGGAGCGGAGAGUUCAAUCCCUCCACGCACGCCGCACACACUCCAUGUUUCUCCCACUCCUCCUUCC